GUGAAACAGCCUUAAUGGAAAACGGGAUAACAAGGCUGUGCAUGUUCUUUGGACGCCAGAAAGCCAAUGACGUUUUGCUGUCCCACAUGAUCACUUUCCUGAAUGAUAAAAAUGAUUGGCAUCUGCGUGGAGCUUUUUUUGAUAGUAUAGUUGGUGUCGCUGCCUAUGUUGGCUGGCAGAGCUCCUCAAUUCUCAAACCCCUGCUGCAACAAGGUCUUAGUGAUGCUGAGGAAUUUGUUAUUGUGAAAGCUCUUAACGCCCUUACCUGUAUGUGUCAAUUAGGGCUGCUGCAAAAACCCCAUGUCUACGAGUUUGCCAGUGAUAUUGCCCCCUUUCUAUGUCAUCCCAACCUAUGGAUACGCUAUGGUGCUGUGGGAUUUAUCACCGUGGUAGCUCACCAACUAAGCACAGCUGAUGUCUACUGCAAACUGAUGCCUUACCUUGAUCCAUAUAUUACUCAACCAAUAAUACAGAUUGAAAGAAAACUUGUUCUACUCAGUGUUUUAAAAGAGCCAGUAAGUCGUUCUAUAUUUGAUUAUGCUUUGAGGUCGAAAGAUAUCACUAGCUUGUUCAGACAUCUUCACAUGCGUCAGAAGAAGCGAAACGGGUCUCUUCCUGACUGCCCUCCACCUGAGGAUCCUGCCAUAGCACAGCUGCUGAAGAAGUUGCUGUCACAGGGAAUGACAGAGGAAGAGGAAGACAAGCUUUUGGCUCUGAAAGACUUCAUGAUGAAAUCUAACAAAGCAAAGGCCAAUAUAGUGGAUCAGAGUCAUCUCCAUGACAGUAGUCAGAAAGGUGUAAUUGAUUUGGCAGCCUUAGGUAUAACUGGGAGACAAGUUGAUCUUGUUAAAACCAAACAGGAACCAGAUGACAAGCGAGCUAGAAAGCAUGUGAAACAAGACUCAAAUGUCAAUGAAGAGUGGAAAAGCAUGUUUGGCUCUCUGGAGCCACCGAGCAUGCAGCAGGCCCUGCCUAAAGGGAGUGAUCAGGAGGUGACGCCGGCUGGGAAGCCGCCUCGUUCGGAGUCCUCCGCUGCUAUCUGCGUCCCUUUGUCGACUUCUCCGCAGGUUCCAGAAGUGACGAAUGUCCAAAAUAGAAAACCAACAAUACAGGUUUUAAGUAGUACAAUUUUACCGUCCACUUACCAGAUCCGGAUCACAACGUGUAAAACUGAACUUCAGCAGCUCAUACAGCAGAAACGGGAGCAGUGCAAUGCCGAGAGGAUAGCUAAGCAGAUGAUGGAAAACGCCGAGUGGGAGAGUAAACCCCCACCACCUGGGUGGCGGCCUAAGGGGCUACUCGUGGCACAUCUUCACGAACAUAAGUCUGCUGUGAAUCGGAUUAGAGUCUCUGAUGAACAUUCACUGUUUGCCACCUGUUCAAACGAUGGCACAGUGAAAAUCUGGAACAGUCAGAAGAUGGAGGGGAAGACCACCACCACCAGGUCUAUCCUCACGUAUAGCCGAAUUGGGGGCCGUGUCAAGACGCUCACAUUCUGCCAGGGUUCCCACUACUUAGCCAUAGCGUCUGAUAACGGUGCCGUCCAGCUUCUUGCGAUUGAGGCCUCUAAGCUGCCCAAGUCUCCCAAGAUUCAUCCUCUGCAGAGCAGAGUCCUAGACCAGAAGGAGGACGGCUGCGUGGUGGACCUGCAUCACUUCAGCUCCGGGGCGCAGUCUGUGCUGGCCUACGCCACUGUGAACGGCGCUCUGGUGGGCUGGGACCUCCGCUCCUCCAGCAAUGCCUGGACGCUGAGGCACGAUCUCAAGGCAGGCCUCAUCACCUCCUUUGCUGUGGACAUCCACCAGUGCUGGCUCUGCAUUGGCACGAGCAGCGGCACCAUGGCCUGCUGGGACAUGCGCUUCCAGCUGCCCAUCUCCAGCCACUGCCACCCAUCGCGGGCUCGCGUCCGGCGCCUCUCCAUGCACCCGCUCUACCAGUCCUGGGUGAUCGCAGCUGUCCAGGGCAACAACGAGGUGUCCAUGUGGGACAUGGAGACGGGCGACCGAAGGUUUACCCUGUGGGCCAGCAGUGCGCCCCCGCUGUCCGAGUUACAGUUCCCCAAGUUUACCGGCGUCUGCUUCUGUGGCUGUUCUGGUUGCCAGCUCCAUAAGCCUUCUUCUCACAGUGUCCACGGGCUCUACUGUAGUCCUGCAGAUGGCAACCCCAUCCUGCUAACGGCAGGCUCAGACAUGAAAAUAAGGUUUUGGGACCUGGCCUACCCAGAGAGGUCCUACGUGGUCGCGGGGAGCACAGGCUCCCCGUCCGUGUCCUACUACAGGAAGGUCAUUGAAGGCACCGAAGUCGUCCAGGAGAUUCAGAACAAGCAGAAAGUUGGGCCGAGUGACGACGGCCCGCGGAGGGGCCCGGAGUCCCUGCCCGUGGGCCACCACGACAUCAUCACGGACAUCGCCACCUUCCAGACCACGCAGGGCUUCAUCGUGACUGCCUCUAGGGACGGCAUUGUUAAGGUGUGGAAGUGAAGCCCGGGAGAUGCGUGUAAUUUGCGAAAUCACAGCAAUACCCUGUGACUCGAGAAAAAGUGCUUUUAGAGAACAGAGUGAGUUCAGAUUCCUUUGCUUAGUUUUUGGAAUCAUGUCUAUUUCGUGAUUACACAGAUCCCAGGCAAGGUGGCUAAGGAACUUGCUGGCAUCCUUGUGUGUGUCUCAGCUGGAAUUAGCUAGACAGCAGUAUCUGGCGCUUUUCUUAUUGUAUAUAUCACAGAGAUAAGGAAUUUAAAAUGACUUACACGAUCUCAGUUUACUUUGUAUUAAAGACAGUUGAAAGUUGGUUGUAAGCUAUUACAAAGUAAAUGCAUUUUUCUUUUGCUAUUAAAAAUGCUAUUCAAACCAGCCAAUAAACUGUAUUCAAGCCUCUUAA